AGUGAUGGAGCAACCGGUGGGGGGCGGGGGUCUCGUUGUCAUAAUCUGAUUCAGAUAGGUCGUGAUUUUCUUUGCACUUUUAUCUGCAUCUCCCUCCCUCACCCCCAAUUUUCUUCUCUCGAACAAUGGACUCUUGUUCCAUUUUCCAUCACCAACUUCUCAACCACCCUCUCACGCGCCUACGCUCCACCGCUUCCCCUACUGUCGUUUCUUUCGCUCAUCAGCUUCCAUGCCUUCUCUCGUCUGCCACCGUUUCACGCCGACUCUUUCAUCUAUCAGUCAUUUCCUGGCCCCGUCGUUCCUCUACUAUCUCCGCCACUGGCACCUUGAUGGCCAAUUCCCCAAAAAGUGGAGUGUAUACAGUGGGUGAUUUUAUGACCAGGAAAGAGGAUCUAUGUGUGGUAAAACCUACGACAACAGUUGAUGAAGCCUUGCAAACUCUUGUUGAGCACAGAAUUACUGGUUUUCCUGUGAUUGAUGAUGAUUGGAAACUGGUUGGUCUUGUGUCAGAUUAUGACUUGUUAGCAUUGGACUCUAUAUCAGGUGGUGGAAGAACUGAUAACAGCAUGUUUCCCGAGGUUGACAGCACUUGGAAAACUUUUAAUGAGGUGCAAAAGUUACUCAGUAAAACCAAUGGGAAGCUUGUCGGUGACUUAAUGACACCAGCCCCAGUUGUUGUUCGUGAAACCACUAAUCUUGAGGAUGCUGCAAGAUUAUUGCUCGAGACAAAAUACCGAAGACUUCCAGUUGUAGAUGCUGAAGGCAAGCUGGUUGGAAUUAUCACAAGAGGAAAUGUUGUAAGAGCUGCACUUGAAAUAAAACGUGACAUGGAAGGGAAUGAGUAAUCUCCAAGUAUUCUAAAAGGAUUGGAAGCAGCCAAAUGCGAGAAGCAGGGCAACUUGUUUUCAUGAGCUCGUUGAGCUCGGGGAGGAGAAGGUCAGAGGAGCUUGGCUAAGUAAAAUUUUGGCUUAUGUUGUAAUACACCCGGCUUUUACUGUUCCUAGUAUAUAGUAUUAGUUACAAGUAAUUACUAGGAUCAAGGUGAUUAGGGACCAAUAAUUCCUGUUGAUCCCUCCGUUCUGCCAAAUACCGCCUCUUGUUCUCCAUCUUUCAUUAAAAUUCAAAAGGGUAGGGGCAAAAAGUGGGAAAGGAGAAGAAGCUGAUAUAUAUAUAUAUAUAUAUAUAUAUAUUGUUAGAUGGACAUGCUUUGUAAUGUUAUUUAUUGAGAACAUAAUUGUAGUAGAAUGGAGGCUUCAAAAUUUACAAUGGACUAUGAUUUGGGAGGCUUGGCA